GGGGCGCCGCUUCGGGAGCCCGGGCAGUUCUAGGAGGCCGACCUGGAGAACCUCCCGGUUCCCCUUCCCCUUUUCUCGGACCCCGCGGGGACACCCCCUCGCCGCCACCCGGGCCUCCCCGAAGGCCCGAUGGCGGGUCCAGGCGGCCCGGCCCAGCCAAAAGGGAAGUGGGGCUACCCCACAGCCAGGCCGCGGGGCCGGGGGCAGACCGGGAGCCGGAGGUUGGAGGCGUGCGACCGUCCCCUGCGGGCAGGUUCCGGAGGGGAGACCCGAGGCUGCAGGGGACGCCCCUGCGUGGCAGCUACCCGGCCUUGGCGCACUGCCAGGCCAAGGUGGGGGGAUCACUUAAGCAUAGGAGUUAAAGACCAGCCUGGGCAGCAAAUGUUACGUGGCUGCAUGACCAGACUUCUGGGCAGAGCCCAGUGGAAGGCAAGGAAGACUCAAGGAAUAGCCCUUGAGGGCUCAGGAGCUAUACAGUUGGGACAGAGGAUGUGAGUGGAUGAUCAGGCCUGUUGGUGUGAAGACAAAGGGAAUGAGGACAAACACAUUUCUGGAAAUGUGGGUGGAGAUACCUGGGCCUCUACGGGGCACAAUUCCAGAGCUACUUCCAGGCAGGGACCCCGGCAGAGAGAUGCCGGGGCCAGGACACAGGCUGGCUUUCGUUUAUCUUCCCCCCGCUGGGGGGAGGUCGAGGGGAGAUCUGGCCCCUCUGCUCCGCCCUCCUGAUUUCCCGUCCAAGGGAUUUAGGAGACUCUCGCCUUUUCCUAAUCUCUCCCUUUGCAGAAUUUCUGCGAAGUCAGAAUCCCAUUUCCAGGCAAAGGUGCUUGGUCAUAAAGAUAAUAAAGAUAUUCAUUCACGAUGGAGGGG